AUCAUCUAGAGGAAGGACAAGGCUGUUUAAUACACUUAUACAGACCAGGACACGUGUAGCGGAUUAGCUAAUUUUGAGGAAGUUAAAUGGCGGCUGUAGAUGUGAUCUAUGAGACGAUUCACCACAGACAUGACCCACGCUGGUGUGUGCGAGUGGGACAUGGAGCUGAUGCAGGACACGAUGCAGGACACGAUGCAGGACACGAUGCAGGACAUGAGCCAGGAUACGGUGUGAGCUCCAGUGUCAGUGUGUGUGUUGCGUGUGUGGUGGAGAUGAUGGAGAGCCAGCAAGUAUCUGUUGUGCGUAAGUCGGUGGCUUUGACGGGUGUAGGAGAGCUGUUGAAGACUGAAGGAGUGAUGAGGGAAAUCCUGCAGCAGGAUGAGAGAGUGUGUGUGCGUUUCACCUCCUCAUUACUCAGAAUGCUUCAUUGUGUGGACGAUCCUUCUACCCUGGAGAGAGCCAUGCAGGUGCUGGUUCAGGUGUUGCUGGAUUUAAAGACAGAGCAGUUUGUGCAGCAUGUGAUGAAUGAGCUUCAGACACAGCUGUGUGAUAUGAAGUGUUUUCUUGUGUAUGUGAUGUUCCUGGGUAAACUGCUGGAUGCAGUUCCUGCAGUAUGCUGCAUGCUGACCACCACACACUUGUGUGUGUUGGAGUGUGUGUGCACACGGAUGGUGGGUGCAGAUGAGGAGCUGAAGGCAGCUGUGUGUUAUGUGUUUCGGGGUGUGUGGGAUUCCGAGGCGGCUCUUCGCUCUCUGCCAAACACACUCAGGGACAGAGUGUGUAUGUUACUGCUACACACACUCACACAGGCUAGCUCACACCAACUCAUCGUCAACUGCCUAGGACUGCUGUUACUGAUGCUCCGCUUAGAAGAGACAGUGUGUUUUCUGAUGAAUCCAGGAGAAGAGACACAGCAACCCGAGCUUCAACACUGUUCACUACCACUCAUAUUAAAGAGGCUGCUGUUAACUAGUGAUGAGCUCCUGCAGGUGGCCAGUGUUCAGUGUGUGUGUGCUGUAUUGAAACACUCCACUCAGUACUGCACCUCCUUCAUACUUGACAAUAUACCAGAGUUCAUGUUUGAGCGUUUGAGCAGCAGUAAUGACGUGCUCCUGUGGUGUGUGUACAACUGUGUGUUGCUGCUGUGUGAAGAUUCACUCUUUUUCUCACAGUGCCACUCUGUUUACGGUAUCGAGUCUCUGGUGCGCAGUCUGAAGGCAUCACUGAAGCUGUCCAAUUUGGAGGUGCCAAAACAGGGACUACAGCUGCUCACGGUUAUACUGGAGAAGCAACCAGCAGGUGUGCGUCUGUUUCCGAUUCUUCCAGCAUUUGUGGGUGUGGCUGAAGUGGUGACGGGGGGCUUGUCUUCACCGUGUCUCAGAGUAGCGACCCACGCAGCACGAGUAGCUACUGCACUGAUGAAGAUGCAUCAUCAGUCUAUGCCAGUUCAUUACAGAGAAUUAAAAAAGAUUGUGGAGGCUUUGUCAUGCAGAUUCAGAGAGUUACCCACACGGGCCAUCUCACAACGCAGAAGGUGUUCUACAGAUUCUGAAUCCAGGUCUCAUGGAGCAUUUUUAAUGCAGGCACUCAUCUGCUUUCAUGAGACCUGCAGGCUGGUGGAGCAGUGUGUGAGUGAGGCCAGUGUAAAGGACAGUUCUUCGACAGCAGGCCAGGAGAAUGAGAAUGACACCCUGGAGUGCGUGUGUUUGUGUUUACUAAAGUGUUGUGAUACAGUGUACAUCCCUACAGUCACUAGAGUGUGUGAACUCAGCCCCAGUCCUCGGGUUCUGCAGCUCUUCUUCUCCAUUCUCUCUGUACAGUUCUCACUCUCUCCCUUACUCAUUGCUGCAUUUGCCAACAAGCUUGUGUCCUCAGGUUUCAUCAGACUGACAGUAGAAAACAAGGCCCUUCUGUGUUCAGGAAACAGACACACGUCUCUAAAUGAAGCUUGCUGUAGAUUUAUACUGAAACUCUGUGCAUUUCUACUGUCCCAGCCUGAUCCACACACAUGCUACCAGCACCUCUCUGUGUGUGUUGAGGAGGUGGAGUGUGUGUUGCGUGAGUGUUUGCCCUCUCUGUACUAUCAUGUGUGUGAUUGGCCGUGUGUGUUGGGUGAGGUUACAGAAGCUAAUCUCAGAACCCAGUACUGUUUACUGCACCUGCUGUAUCUAUCAUGGAUUCAUGGUGACAGGAUGCUCCCUGAUGCUACAGUGUUCUCCAGUGUAGUAGAGUUUAUUAGUGCAGCAGUGGAACAUUGUGAUGCUCUUCCUCCAUCAGUGCUGCACUCAGUUCUCUACCUGCUCUCAGAAACACAGGAGAACAGCUCUGAUCUAGACAGGCCUUCUGUAAAGAUCAUCAUUAAGGUCCUGUCAUCCACACACCUCUCCUCUUCUCCUCUGUCCAUCCCUCAUCCCUCACUCCUGCACUUCAUCUUCCGGUACCCAGAACUGGCCGAGCUGUUCGGGGCAACGGUUUUGAGCAGGUGGCUGAGACGAGGGAAAGAACUGACUGGAAAAGCUCUAGAUCCAGAUCAGAGAGUACUGAUGAAGCUGCUGGAGAAGAACCACUCUGUUCUAUUAACAAUGCUGGGUGUAUUGUUUGAGGAGGAGCAGGAGGAAGUAGCUGAGUGUGCAGUUAAUGCAAUUCAGAGUUUUUUGAUGGUUCAGCAGAACUGCAGCUCUGUUUCUCAAUCACUGCUCAAACCAUCAGUACUACAAAUACUGCAGAAACUCAACUGUGAUAGCAACACAGUGGUCCAUGGUGUGUGUGUGAUGUUGGAGGUACUGUGUGUGUUGCAGACCAACUCUACAGUUCACACCAAUAUGGACCACACUGACUUCAAACUGCUGUAUCACAUCAGUAAUCUUGUUGGAAAAACAAAGUGCAGUAAGACAGAAUAUCUGCUUCCGGCCUUAAACUACCUUUAUUGCUGUGUGUCUCUGUCCCCUACACACACUGCUGACCGAGUUGUAUCCAUGUUGUUGUGUAACACAGGUCUGAUGGAGUUAUUACAGACUCUGCUGGAUGUCUUUCAGUCCUCCUCAUCUUCAUCAUCUUCAUCAUCAGUCAUCUGCUGCUCUAUGCUCCUGCUGAGCUCCAUCAUUACUCUACAGCACACACAGUCUGCACAGGUCCAUAAGAGUGUAUGUGUAGACUUUGACAGUAUGGUUAGAACCCUCUUGUUCUGGAAGAGACAUACUGACAGCCUGCUGCUGGCGUGUACAGUGCGUCUGCUGAAGGCCGUGUUGGAUGUAGACCUGUGCUCUGCUGUAGUGUGUGUGUCAGAGUGUAUGGAGUUUCAUCCUCUCAGCUACAGAGGAGCAAUCAGCAUCACCACAGCUCUGCAGAGCGUACUGCUGCAGAAGCAGGAGAUGCUUCUCGGUGUGUCGGUGAAUUGUCUGAACUCACUCAUAAACUUCCUGAACAGAGGCAGAGCAGCUAUUGUUCAGCAUGUGGUGUGUCAGCCAUGGAAUCGUUUCUUGCUCCACUCUCUGCUAAACUCAGACGAAAAUCUUACACUGCAUCCAGCAACACUCUGCUUACUGACAGUGCUGGUCCGUUGGUCCGGAGAUGGAGUGCAGUGGGAGUCAGACCUUGUGUAUGUGUGUGAAACAGCUGAGAAGAAAGGAGUGAAAGAGUUGCAGGAAAACACCAUACACACACUGAAACAGCUGCUGACUGAGUGCAGUGAGUGCUCUCUGAGUGAGGAACUGAAACUGAGAGUGGAGAGUCUGUUAGACCAUCUAGAAUCCCUCACCCAUCUGUGUCUUUCAGAGAUCAGCACCGGGUGUUUACUUCGAGUGGGACGUUUAUCCAUCUGCCUCAAUGACUUCACUGUCAAUCACUAGAUUUCUAACACACACACACACACACACACACUCACACUCACACACACACACAGUGUAGUAGUAAGUCAGUAGUCACUCAGUCAGUAGUAAAUGAGUUUUGUGUGUCUUGUGGUAGAUUGUUAUUGUUUUAAUAGAAAACAUGGUGUUUUAUUGUAUUUUAUUGAAUUCAAUAUGGGUUUAGUAAAUUAGAUGACACACACACACACACACACACACACACACACACACAC